UAUACACACAUACAGUCGCGGCCUGUCCCGGGCUUGUUCCCGUGUCUUUCCUGUAUUUAACGGCUAAAACAGGGAAACGAACCGUCGUCAACACCCAGACUGAGUGUCUGCUGUAACGGCCGUUAAGCUUCGCUUCAACACGGUAAUGUGCUUUAGUUAAUGACGACUUGUUCUCUACGGCUAUGGAGGAGACCUGUUAAAAAAGACUAACACUUUCCACCAGUUUAAAGUGACUGUGUUGGUGGACAUAAAGCACAAGACGGUAGCUAAGUAACUGGCAUCAUCUUAAUCUGUAUUUUCAUCGGUUAACGUGUGGAGACUUUGAGCAGCAGCCAUGGCAGUAGGACGGUCAGCUCUCAGUCUGUUCACCCUGAUGUGUUUACUCUUCCACCGCUGCGGUUCCUUCAACCUGGAUGUCGACAAACCCUCCGUGUAUAUCGGUCCGGAGGGAAGCUACUUCGGCUUCUCGGUGGACUUCUUCAAGCCCUCAAACAAUCAAAGGUCAGACGUUCUGAUUGGAGCUCCUCGGGCCAACACUUCUUCAUCCAGCACUGUUGUGGAGAGAGGAGCUGUGUACAGCUGCCCCUGGAAGAGCUCAGCCUGCCAGGAGCUGCUCUUUGAUAACUCAGAUGACAGGAGGAAUGAUCAAGGGGCUCAGAUGGAGUUUAAAUCUAAGCAGUGGUUUGGUGCCUCAGUGCGAUCAGAUGGAGAACACAUUCUGGCCUGUGCUCCUCUGUACCAGUGGUCCACCUUUGGUGUCUCUGAGCGAGAGCCAGUGGGAACAUGUUACCUGAAGAAAGGAAACAAAGUGGUGGAAUACUCACCCUGCAGAUCAGCGGCCAACUCACCAGAAGGGCAGGGCUUCUGCCAAGCUGGCUUCAGUGUUGACUUCCUGAAGAAGAACAACAGAGUGGUGGUGGGUGGACCUGGCAGCUUCUACUGGCAGGGCCAGCUGAUUUCCGAUGAUGUCUCUGAGAUUUUUAAACGGUUCAACGAUGCUUACAUCACUCCCUAUGGAAAUACCCUGGCCACCAAGUCAGCCAGUGCCCAGUUUGAUGACAGUUACCUAGGAUACUCUGUGACAAUUGGAGACUUCAAUGAUGACGCAAAGGAAGAUUACGUGACUGGAGUACCCAGAGGGCAAAAAGCACUGGGCUAUGUGAACAUCUUCAACGGCCAAAACAUGGAGUCCAUGAUGAACUUCACAGGAACUCAGAUGGCUGCUUACUUUGGCCACUCAGUAGCUGCUACUGAUGUGAAUAAGGAUGGUUUGGUUGAUCUGCUGAUUGGAGCUCCUCUCUUCAUGGACAGAGGGUCAGAUGGUAAACUGAAGGAAGUGGGACAGGUGUCUGUGUACCUGGGUCGAGGUGGAUUUUCCUUUCAUCAACCUCAGUUGCUCACUGGGUCAGAGCGCUACGCCAGAUACGGCUCUGCCAUCGCAGCGCUGGGAGACCUGGACAUGGAUGGCUACAAUGAUGUGGCCAUCUCUGCUCCUUAUGGAGGAGGCCUCGAUCACAACGGCUUGGUGUACAUUCAUAAUGGCCGUCCAACAGGGCCUGACCCGACACCUUCCCAGGUCCUGCAAGGAAAAUGGGCAUCCAGCUCCAUGCCUGCUAGCUUUGGAUACUCCAUGACUGGAAAUACUGACAUAGAUCAGAAUGGAUAUCCAGAUCUAAUAGUAGGAGUGUUUGGAGCAGACAAAGCAGUUUUAUACAGAGCCCGUCCAGUGAUCAGUGUGAAUGCCACAUUAGACAUGACGCCUCAGAUCAUCAACCCAGAGGACAAGACCUGCCUGCUUCCUGGUACCAGCACAUAUGUGUCCUGUUUUAAGGUGAAGUACUGUCUGAAAGCCAGUGGCCGGGGAGCUCCAGCCUCUCUCAAUUUUCGUGUGGACCUCAUUUUGGACCGUCUGAAGCAAAAGGAGGCGACUAAACGCGUCCUCUUCCUGCACAGUCGGACCUUUCAGUACUCCAAGAACAUGACGGUGGCAAACGGCAAAGCCCCAGCCUGCGAGGAGCAGGAGGUCUUCCUGAGAGAUGAUCGUGAGUUUCGAGAUAAGAUCACUCCCAUCUCGGUGGUGAUGGAGUACAGUCUGGACUACCAGCGGGCUGCAGACCAAACUGGACUGCUCCCAAUCCUGGACAUGUCAGCCCCGUCCAACGUCACCAAGCAGGCUCACAUCCUGUUGGACUGUGGAGAUGACAACAUCUGUAAGCCUGACCUGAAGUUGUCAGUGAAGAGUGACCGCGAGCAGAUCUACAUUGGCGAUGAUAACGCUCUGACUCUGGAGAUCAGUGCUGAAAACCAGGGAGAGGGAGCCUACGAGGCCGAACUCCACGUUUACCCUCCACAACAGGCUGACUUCACCGGGGUAGUCCGCAGUCAGGUCCUCUCCAGGCUGUCCUGUGCUUACAAGAAGGAGAACCAGACCAAAAUGGUGGUGUGUGACCUGGGAAACCCUAUGAAAGGAGGAACCAAGGUGCUGGCCGAGUUGCGCUUCAGCGUGCACCAGCUGUCAGAGGAGGACACUUCUGUCAAGUUUGAUGUGCAGAUGGUCAGCUCUAACCAGUUCAACAACACCAGUCCUCGAGUGUCCAGCAUCACCCAGCUGGCAGUCCUCGCCAAAGUCUCCAUCAGAGGGACAUCGUCUCCUGGUCAGGUGCUGCUGCCCAUCGCUAACUGGAAACCUAAAGAGCCUCCUGUAGUUGGAGAGGACAUUGGACCACAAAUAGUGCACGUCUAUGAGCUCCAGAACAGCGGGCCCAGUACUUUCAGUAAAGCCACGCUGGACGUGGAAUGGCCGUACCAGUUUAAGAACGGCUCUCUGCUCCAAAUCAUUAGCUACGACACAGAGGGACCCAUCAACUGCACCACCGACAUGAAGAUCAACCCAUCCAACGUCUCGAACCCGCUGACCACAGCAAAGAACACCACUGGUGUCGCACCCAGAGAUAGAGAGACUGAGGGACGAAACCGAAACCACAUCCGCAAGAGAGACCUGGAGUCAAGAGACGCAGAGAACGACCUGCAAAUUCUGGACUGCAACACAGCAGAGUGUGGGCGGCUGAGAUGUCAGGUUGGUCGUCUGGAGAGGAAGAAGAAUGCCAUCCUCUUCAUCUACUCCAGACUGGAUGUCAAAAACUUUCUCAAGACUGAGAAUCAGAAUCGUUCAUAUGUGGUUCGAUCUACGGCCUCGUUCAGUGUCAUAGAGAUGCCAUACAAGAACCUGAAGUCAGACCUGCCAUCCAAUAGUACUACUGUGAGUGUAUCAGUGAUAUGGGUGCAGAUUCCUCAGCCAGUACCUGGCUGGGUGGUGGCUCUGGCUGCUGCAGGACUGCUGCUGCUGGCACUGCUCAUCUUCAUCAUGUACAAGUUGGGUUUCUUUAAACGGGUCCGCCCCCCACAAGAGGACUGCACUGAGAAAGAACAGCUGCAGCCAGAGGAGAAUGGCAACACUGAUGCCUAGAGGUCAAACUCUGAACUGAUCUGGUCUCUUGUAGAGAAUAGAGGAAAAGAAAAUUCAGGGUAAAAUGGCUGACGAUGGAAAUGAGAUAAUUUCAC